AUGAUGAUAUAUCCUCGCAUGAGAGUGGAGGUUUCCUACUCUGCCACUCUCAUGGUGUUGUGGGCGCUUCUACUAACUUUCAUGUCGUGGAGAGUUAACCAAUCGUCGGAGGGUAUGGCUGUGCUUUUGUUGACUAUCAUGUCCGUUGCCACGCCGGAUGGUGAAAGCCAUCUUUUUCUCCCGUUAUUGUUUCUGGCAGAGCGGUUACUGGGGGAAGUAAUGUCGUGCAGAAUGCUGCCUCACGAGUUUCAUGCGUCAACGAUUCUGUCGUUCAUGACAACUUCCUACUCUCAUACCUUGUGGAAAAGGGACUCUCGUCCCAGAAUUUUUAUGUGUGGUAUUCGUGAUGUCAUAGUGUGGCUGCUCUUAAUCUUCAUUGCAUUUAAGGACUGCGGCGUCACCGUUGGUGGUGGAGUUUUUGUUGUGUUUGGUUUUGUUUUCUACGUAACACUGAAGCGAAUUCUUGGUGAAAGUGAGGCAAUUUUGGUUGGUGGGUUGGUUGGCUUCUACGCGUUCGACGCCGUUAGUGGCUGGGGAUUUAGUAGUGUCGGUGCAUUCAAUGCGGACGCACCUAAUAAAGAGGGUUUACAUACGGUCAGUGUUAUGACCAAAGCACACAUUGUCAGUCGUACGGCAAUAAUGUGCGCUGUAGUGAUGGCAUCGGUGCUGUAUUUUGCCUCGCGCUUCUGUCUAGUGGCCAAGUUUGAUAACUCAAAAUCAUCUGAGCAGGUUAUGAACGUGCCACGGAUCACGUUUGCCUUCUGGAUGUCUCUAACGAUCAUUGUAGCGUCGGCGUACGCGGUGGGAAGCAUGGAAAUAGGAGAGGAUAUAGCGUUGUGGCUGGUGCGAUACAUAACAGCCAGCAGAUUUCGUAUCUUAACAAUUGUGUAUUGGAGUAUUGCCGUACCUUCGAUGGUUGUAGUAGUGGAUGUUUUCACCAAAGACUUGAGUAAGGUUGUAAGACGGAAGUUGUUUCACUUUCUGGCCGUUGCAGCCUUCACCCCUGCCGCUAUUGCUGAUCCCCAGUUCCUUUCGUUAUCGUUGUCUGUUGCCACAAGCCUCUCCAUAUUAUUGGAGUUGGGGCGCUACUACGGAGUGAGUGGCGCUUCCUAUGUAAAUGCUUUUGUGGUCCAUCACAUCGACAGCCGUGAUUCCAUCAAAGGUGUCGUCCGCACGCAUAUUUAUCUCAUUUAUGGAUUGGGACUUUCCAUGAUGCUUUACUACCGUCGUGAACGCAACGGAAAAACAGAGCAUCAUAAUAGUUUGUUGGAGCUCUCUAUCAGUGUCAUUCCCGGCCUUGUGUCGCUCGGCGUUGUUGAUGCAUGUGCAGGUAUUGUUGGAAGCUCAUUUCUUCUUUCCUACAGACGGGCACUGGGUCGAUAUCUUAGCAAUAAUGUCUACACUGAAAGAGCUAAUGCAACCAUUACACACAAGACAACCACGGGAACAUUAGGUGGGUUUGUGUGCGGGGUUGUGUUUUGGGUUUUCGUGUUGUUUGUGUCUAACGUGGAACAGCACGGCCAAGCGGCCAUGUCUCUUGUUCUCGUUGUUGUGUGUAGCGUUGCGGAGUGCUUUACAGAUGGUAUUGACAACUUGCAGCUUCCUUUAGCAUUGUAUGGGGCUGUGACGACAUUAUUCGCGUUUUCAGGGUGGGGUGAAGAUAGUUGUGCUUAG